AUGGAUCUCGAGAAGCAGGCCCUCGAGAUGGCGGAGAAGGCCCUGGCCUCGCUUCCGGCCGCGGCGCGCGCCGCCAAGCUGGACUCGGUGAAGGCGGGCAUCCUGAAGAGGUUGCAAGCGGGCAGCGUUUCGCGGCCGGCAGCCCCGGCCCCGGCUCCCCCUGUGCCGCCCCCACCGCCCCCACCGCCUUCCGAGCCCAGCCCGGAAAGGGAAGGCUCUUCGGCGACAGGGGUGGAGGGCGUGGAGCUUUUCGGCGAUGUGCCGUGGUUCGCAGACUCGGAGCUCCGGGCCCGACUCUUGGAGGAUGUGAGGCAGGCCCACGCUGCUGAGAAGAUCCUGGUGGCUUCGCCGAUGGAGGAGAUCCCAAGGAUCCUUCCAAAGAGCGGCCAAGUGCUGGGCGCUGGAGCCGUGCUGCGUCUGGGCGGGGUGCACCAUGGCGGCUACGGAGAGUCGGACAUCAACUAUGCCUACCGCCAGCUCUCCCGAGCCCUGCAUCCCGAUAAGAACCCUGGCAUCGAGGAGGCUCACGAUGCCUUCAAGCGCCUGGGGGAGGCUUCAGAGGACCGUUUGUUCCUUUGCCAAACCCCGCGCUGCAUCGAUCGUAUAAGGUGCCAGGUGACUCAGGGCGGCCCCGCUUCUGCUGAGAGCCUGGAGCGACCGAUGAUCAUGUUGCGCUACGCGGCAGAUGCACAGCAACGUCAAGGGAAUCAUUUCACCAACCAUCGUUGGACCAUGUCCCAUGUUUUGGCAGUUUACUCGAACCAUUGGUUGGUUGGGGCAUCUUCGGGUCUCGUGGCGCCGUACCCGGCACCAGGCAGUGUGCUCUUCUUGCCGAAGCGAGCCGGCGAAGGUAUGCCCUCAGAGGCAGCGCUUCGGCGCAGCACUGCAGCCUUUGUUGCACAGCCGGCUUUCCAGGGCUGCCGGCCACAGGAGCUGCUGGGCAAGUGGUACCAGGAGUCCCAUCUUCUGGAUCUGUUUACCAAAGCCCCGCUGCGCAUCGCCUACGAUUGCUCACAGAAGCCUUUCCGUGCGCAGUUCCUCUGUUCCCUCAGCCGGGCUGCCGAGGCCGAGGCGAACCGCAACGACAGCUGCGUACGUGGAAGCUGGCACCAGGUGAUGGCGCAAUUUCCGGAGCUGGGGCUAUGGAAAGAGCUUCAGGACAAAAUCCGAUCACGCAUAUGGGCGUCAGGUGCUGCAGCGGCAGGCAAGCGCAGCCGCAACAGCAAAUGGGAUGACAAGUCAGCGGCUUCUUGUGCCACUGAGUGGGGGAAGAAGUGGCGGACCAUUCUGCAAGAUGUCUUGCCUGGUGCAGAAGCAGCGAGCCGUCCUGACGGCGACUUGGAGAUUCAAAAGCUGUGUAUGGUUCUCUGGAAAGACACUGCGCCUUGGGUCGGCGACGGUUUUCUGCAGCACCUUCGCCUUUUCCAGGCCAGCGACGCAGGUCCCAGUAUUGACGAUGAGACAAAGUGGGCCUUCGUGCCAGCGACGGACCUCCUGCUGUUGGUCGGUGAAGGCUUGGUUGGCUGCACAGCCGAAGGCUGUUUCGUGCAGUCAGAUUCCGGCGCCGCGAGGAAGCCUUUCCUGGAGGCGCUGAAGAACUGGCGCUCGAGCCUCCGGAAGAACCGGGGAGAAACAACGACCGACUCUGCAGUCAGACUCUGGAAGUCCAGUGCCAAGAGAAACAGCCAGAAAGAGUCCGAGACGGCCAAGAGGGCACGGACCACCGAAAACAAAGAAGGAGCACCUGAAGAAGUUCAGGCAAAGUUAAACCGCUCACCGACAAAGGUUUUGCUCCUGACUAAUGUGGCACCGGCCAAACAGCCAGAAGAGACCAUAAAAGCCACCGUUGAGGAGUGGGUCAAGAAGUUUGGUUCGGUCAAGGAGUGCACCGUCGUGAGGGUUCCCGACGUCCCGGAAGAGGAUGCCAUUCGGGUGUUUGUAGUUUUCGACAGCAUCAAGGCUUCGUCGAAGGCCUACGCAUCCUUGCGAGGGCAGGUAACGGAUGGUCGAGUGCUGCGAGCCCGAUUCUACGACGAGAAGCGUUUUCAGGACGGCGAGCUCUACAAGGCGAUUCCCUCUCGCAUGCUGGUGCUGACGAACUUGGUUCGCCCUGAGGAGCUGGAUGGCGGUUUGCAGGACGAAGUGCGACACCUGGCCAAACAGCAUGGCAAGUUGUGCAGAUGCGUGGUCAAAACUCUCUCCGACCUUCAACCAGAGGAGAGCGUGCGCGUCUUCCUGGAGUUUAGCACAGUUGACGAGGCGGUAAAGGCUCAAGCUGCCUUGCAUGGUCAAGACUUUGGACUGCAUCGCAUCAAGGCCAGGUACUUCAACGAAGCUCAGCUUCCCGGAGAGUGA